GCUGAAAUACGAUGCUAUGCUGUCCCGCAGCAAAAUAAGGACGAACUGCAUUCACACUUCAAGGGACGCGUGGCGACUAUUAGCGCGUUGAAGCUCACUGAUGAUUGGGGGUGCGUGUGUGACAUGCCGGACCAUCUCGGACACGUCUCAUACGGCUUCUCCUUCAUUCUUUCUCAGAAUCGAAGUCUCGGUCACUUUUGCCCAUGAGCUGAAUCGUGACCUUGAGACUGAGAUCAUGAAGCUCCUGGAGCUCAAUAUGCGACCGUUAUACGAUCAGUCUGCGCAGGGCUGGAAUAGGCGCGAAAAGCUCAAAGAGAUGCGCGAGGCUCCUUCUCGCUUCCUACUCGCACGUGCGAGUGUUCGAACGCGCGCAGAAGAUGCUCUGUCGGAGGGAGCAAAUGUUUCGGCGGCCGGAAAGGGAGAAUUAGUGGGGUAUACAAUGUUCAGGUUAGAUUUUGAGGAGUGCGACGAAGACGAUCCACUGAGACUGAUAGACGAGCAGGAUAUUGAGCUGGCCUACUGCUACGAAUUACAAGUCGCUCCUCCAUACAGAGGCAAAGGCGUGGGGCAAUUUUUGCUCGGCUGCCUGGAAGACAUAGCCAAAGCGAGCAGGAUGAAGAAAGUCAUGCUGACUGCGUUUCUGCACAAUCGGUCAGCGCUGGAGUUCUACCGAGCGCAAGGCUAUACUCCUGAUCUCAUUAGCCCGCAGGAAACCGACGGCGAUGGGCAUACAAUAGCAGAUUAUCAGAUCUUGAGCAAAGCACUUGUUCAGCCCGCACGGGAAUGUAUCCAACGCGCUCGGCCGCACGUUCAAUCGCAAUGAACCGGUC